CACAGUACCGGUUUCCGGGAAGACUUUCAGUCCGUCCGGCUCUGCGGACUCAAGGAGAGAAAGGAGAAAAUCUUGAAAUCAUAUCUUCUUACAGAUUCAUACAUAUUUGUACAGAGGUGCACAUCCCCAUGCAAAACUCCAUGAAAUGAAUAAAGCACCACAGCCUGUAACAGGACCCCCCUCCACUCCCCACCCCGCCCCGUCCCCUGGCCUCUCGCAGCCCUCUUUCCCCAGUGGUCUGCCUUCUGUUGUGUUUGCCACCCCACAAAUGAACCCAACACCACAGGGAAGCUUCAGAUCUCUACAGCCCUACUAUGCCAACAGAACAAGUUUGCCUCCCAGCAGCGGGCCUCGAUGUAUUCCACCCAGUAGUAACCCUCGGCCUGUAGCUUCCACCCAUGUCUACCAGCCGGCCCCUGGUUCCCAAAUGAUGAUGAUCCCAGGACAACAGUUGUCCUUCCCAAGCUCACCACAGGGGGCAGCAUAUUUUAUACAAGGACAGUACCGUUCCCCGACCUACGUGGCCACACCCCAGCAAUACUCUGUACCAGCUGGAGCUCCAGGUUUCUACCCAGGCACAAGCCCGGCUGAAUAUGGUAGUUAUGCCGGGGCCUACUAUACAGCCCAGCCUCAAUUUACUCCCACAGUGCAGGCACCAACCGUCCUUAUGAACCCUGCCCCUCAACAGCAGCAGCAACCACCACCACAGCCUCCGCAACACAUCCACACCAAACGGGAACGUAAACAGAUCAGAAUAAGAGACCCAAAACAAGGAGGCCGGGACAUCACAGAGGAGAUUAUGUCCGGUGGCCGUAGUGGCUCUACCCCAACCCCACCACAGACUGCCAUAUCAGGAUCAGACGCAGGAUCGGUCCAGGCCAACGGUGAGAGUACCCCAGCUGCUAUUGCUCCAGCAGAGGUCAGAGCAGAUGACAGUGGAAAACCUUUGCUGCCUUCUUUGUCACCGCCUCCUGAUAUUGUUCAGGGUGACCUCACUCUUGCAGAGGCUCCCUUCUCUGACAUCAACAAUAAGCCAGCUACAUCAUCUUUAUUAUCAGAAGACCUUGAAACGCCUGUCAACACUAUUUGUAUUUCUCCCACUGCGUCCAUUGUUCCCAUUACAGACAGAAUGUAUGCUCCCAGAGAACUAAGCCCCGAGCCCCAACCUGCACCUGAGGUGCCUGCCUAUCCUGCACCCCUUCCCGAUUUUACGCCUACCUCUGCAGUUAAGGAAAACCUAGAAAGAACAGCUCCAAAUCUUGAGGAGGUAGAUGUGGUGAUUAGAGAGGAGAUACAAUCAGAAAAUGCUUCUUCUUUUAUGGACACUUCUCUCACACGCUCCUCCUCCACGAAUGGUGUGGCUGAAGAUAUGCCAGAAAUCCCUUCAAUCAGGACACCAUCUACGAACCAGGAAUCUCCUCUGGAGUCUCCCAUUGCUCAGCCAGAGGAACUCUCUCUUUCCAAUGGUGUACCACUUCCAUCCCCGCAAGACAUGAUGACCCCUGUUACUCACACAAAAGCAUGUGAUGACAGCCCCAUUGCUGAGCCUGAUGUUUGUCUGCAACCUGUCAUUAACCCCCCCAAAGCCAUCAAUAAGCCAGUGCCUACGUCACUUGCUGAAUCAACCGCAGCUCCUGUUGCCGAGUCUGUUUCUACCGUCAGUCCGGAGGCUCCUGCUGAAGCAAUCACCCAAGCAGCAUCUUCCCAGACCGAGGUUGAACAAACAGUUCCUCCCGUUUCCCAAGACACCGACAAAGUCACCCCGAUGCCUCAACACAGCAUUGGAGGAGCAACGUCACCGCCACUGGUGGCCGAUUCGGAAGAUGACCAUGACCAAGAAACACUGAAAAGUCCUGCCCAGAAUGUCCCCAGUGCUCUUGUAGAAACUCCUAUGCAAGCUGCUGUGUCUGUACCAAAGAAAAAGAGGAAAAUGAAGGAUUUGAAUAAAAAGGAGAUAGUGGGAGAUCUAUUGGAUGCAUUUAAAGAGGACAUCGUACCACCAGAGCCUGAGGCUGUCCCGACAACAUCAGCUGAAAUCCAACUUCCUGCUCCAUCUCCAGCAUCAGAGAACAAUGCCCUAACUUGGGAAGACAAGGAGGAGAAGGUGGAUGCUGAGAACAUUCAACCAAACCUUACUGAGCAGACGGUAACAAACAAGGAGUAUCAGUAUAAAGAAGAACAAUGGAAGCCAAUCAAUCCAGAGGAGAAGAAAAAGUAUGACCGAAAGUUUCUUCUGGGAUUUCAAUUCAUCUCAGCCAGCAUGAAUAAGCCUGAAGGUCUUCCUGCCAUCAAUGAUGUCGUCCUAGACAAGGCAAACAAGGCUCCUCUCCGCCAGAUUGACCCCAGUCGGCUGCCCGGAAUGAAUUGUGGUCCUGAUUUCACACCUUCAUUUGCCAACCUUGGCCGGCCAGGUGUGGGAGGAGGAAGUAGAGCACCCCCUCCGGGUAUGGGUGUAGGCAUGGGUGGCCCGCGGCGGUCUCAGCAAAUGCAACGGAAAGAACCGAGGAAAAUCUUUACAAGCAUGUCGCUCAAUGAGGACGUGAAGCUGAACAAGGCCGAAAAAGCAUGGAAGCCUUCGAUGAAAAAAGCUGUGCGUGGUGGUUUAGCAGGAGAAGAUGCUGUGGAAAAUGACCCUGAACAACUCAAGACACAGGAAUUAUUUAAAAAGGUCCGCAGUAUCCUCAACAAACUGACCCCUCAAAAGUUUCAGCAGCUAAUGAAACAAGUGACAGAAUUUACUAUUGACACAGAGGAGAGGUUAAAAGGUGUCAUAGACCUCACCUUUGAAAAGGCCAUCUCCGAGCCAGACUUUUCAGUGGCCUAUGCGAACAUGUGCCGCUGCGUUAUGGGGCUAAAAGUCGAAGCCACAGAUAAGCCAGGAGACACUGUGAAUUUCCGGAAGCUGCUACUGAAUCGAUGCCAGAAUGAGUUUGAGAAAGAUAAAGAUGACAAUGUGAUCUUUGAGAAGAAGCAACAAGAGCUGGAGGCUGCAGGGGAUGAGGUGAGGCAAAAAUUGAUUGAGGAACUCGAAGAUGCUAAAAACAAGGCUAGGAAGCGCUCACUUGGUAAUAUUAAAUUCAUUGGUGAGCUAUUCAAACUAAAGAUGCUCACGGAAGUAAUUAUGCAUGAGUGCAUUGUGAAGCUACUAAAAAACCACGAUGACGAGUCCCUGGAGUGCCUGUGCAGACUGUUAUCCACCAUUGGAAAGGAUUUAGACUUCGAAAAGGCCAAGCCUCUUAUGGACCAGUACUUUAAACAGAUGGAGAAAAUAAUAAAGGAAAAGAAGACCAGCUCCAGGAUCCGCUUUAUGUUGCAAGAUGUGAUGGACCUUCGCCGGCGUAACUGGGUGCCUAGACGAGGCGACCAAGGCCCAAAGACUAUUGACCAGAUCCACAAAGAAGCUGAGAUGGAGGAACACAGAGAGCAGAUGAAAGUGCAGCAUGCUCUCAGCUCCAAGAAAGAGUCUUUCGGUGGUCCAGGAAACAGAAUGGGUGGAGGAGGCCCAGGCAGUCGUGGAGGAUCUCACACUUCUGGUCGCGGCGGUCCACCACAAGAUGAUGGCUGGAAUACAGUUCCCAUCUCCAAGAACCGAACUUAUGAUUCCAAAUUAAAAUUUCCAAAGGCACAUGCGUUUGAUAUCCACACUCCGUGUCUCGCUCCAGGAGGUAAAGGUGCGUUGAGCUGGGGCAGGGGCAGCAGCGGUGGCAGCGCCAACAAGCUUCCAGAUUCUGGAGCAGAAUUGGGCAGUCGUCCAGCUACCAACAGGUUCUCUGCUCUGCAACAGGCCUCAUCAGGUACUUCAGCAGAGUCAGACAGGCGGGUUCCUCAGAGAAACAGUUCAAGUCGAGAGCGAGGAGAGCGCUUUGACCGCUCCGACCGCGCCGAGCGUGGAUUUGACCGACGUGACGAUCGUGAGCGCCACAGGCCACAGGUUGCCGCUACACGUACCUUCAGUCGGGAAAAUGAGGAACCGAGUCGGGAGAGAGAGCGACGUGGGUCAGCAGAUCCAGUCCGCAAAGUAGCAAAUAGGACAGAUGACAGAGAUCGUGGCAGUAAAGAGAGAGCUCAGAGCCGAGACAAAGUGAGGAGGGAAACAGCCGCCACUCCUCCUCCUCCUCCUCUCCAAACCACUACCCAGCCUGCCUUGACUGUGGAAGAGCUAAUUAAAAAAUCCAAAGCCAUCAUCGAAGAAUACCUCCAUAUUCUUGAUAUCAAGGAGGCCCUGCAAUGUGUGCAGGAGAUAAACUGCCCUCAGCUAUUGUCUGCCUUCGUACAAUUCGGACUGGAGUCCACGCUGGAGCGCAACACCAUAACAAGAGAGAACCUUGGUCGACUGCUGCACCAGCUCAUUAAGACAAGCAUCCUCCCGACAGAGCAGUAUUAUAAAGGGCUUCAUGAAAUCCUGGAGAUAGCUGACGAAAUGGCGAUAGACAUCCCGCACAUCUGGACCUACCUGGCCGAACUAAUCACUCCCAUGCUGCAUGAGGGAGGGAUCCCCAUGGGACACCUCUUCAAGGAGAUUUCAAAACCUUUGAUUGCUCUGGGCAAAGCUGGAGACCUCCUUGUCUGUAUCCUCACUUUACUCUGCAAAGGGAUGAGCCAUAACAAGGUGGGCACUUUGUGGCGGGAGGCAGAACUCCAAUGGAAAGACUUCCUCCCUGAGGAUGUAGACGUCAAUAAGUUUGUGACAGAAAAGAAUAUGGUGUUCACACUAGCUGAAGUAUCUGAAAAGAGUAAACCCAAGAUGAUGAGUCCUGCAGAUCUGAGCAAACAGCUUGAAAGACUGAUCCAGGACAAGGCUGACAACAAAAGGAUGAUGGACUGGAUUGAGGCCAACCUGGAUGAGCAGCAGACCUCUUCCAACAUGUUUGUCAGAGUACUGAUGACUUGCAUCUGCCAGUCAGCAAUCAUCUGUGAGAAUCCCUACAAGGUGAAUAAUGAGAUAAUCAAUCAGAGGGCCAAAUUGCUACAAAAAUUCUUAAAGGAUGAACAGAUGGAGUUGCAAGCUCUCUAUGCCUUACAGGCUCUAAUGGUGCACAUGGAGCAGCCGGCCAAUCUGCUGCGAAUGUUCUUUGACACCCUUUAUGAUGAGGAAGUCAUCAAAGAUGAUGCCUUCUACAAGUGGGAGUCGUGCAAGGACCCCGCCGAGCAGCAGGGCAAGGGCGUGGCCCUCAAAUCUGUCACCGGCUUCUUCACAUGGUUGCGCAAAGAGGAUGACUCUGACAACAGUUAGGGGCCUCUGCAGUGUGACAGUUGGGCUGGUAGGAUUUUUAGUUGAGAUCUUUUCGGACAGGACAUUAGGAGGUCGAUCCCUUCUGCAGAAACAGAAAAAAAAAGCAAUACAAAAAAAAAAAAAUCUUCAACUAGGAGAGAUUGUAUUAUUGAUCGAGCGUUCGAUCAUGCCAUUUAUUUUUAUUUUUUUCCUGUGCAAUUGAAUGUCCUAAUUCUAAUGAAUCUGUGUGAUGAGAAGACUGAGAAGUGGAAGAUAAUACCAUUUACUUUUUGGACUGUUUGCUUCAGAGUUUGAUUCUUAUUUUGAAAAGGCUUGCCCUCAUCUCAGCAAUACUAUGCUGACAAAUGCAUAUAAAAGUCAGAGGCUAUAUAUUUUUGAUGAUGUCAUCCUUUUUUCAUGGCAACAGCAACAGCGAGAUGUUGCAUUUGGUGUUUGAUCUACAUGCCUAUGUAGAUGCUUGUUUUUGACUUUUUUUUUCUGUACUAAUGAUUGGCGUGUUUUUUAAUAAAAGAAAAAAAUUAUAUAUAAAGAAAGGUGGACAUUUGAAAGAGGAGAGUUGUAGGCUAGAGUUGAAGACUAAGCACAGAUUUCACAAGGAGAGCGUCACCGAGGAGACUCAUGAUGAACAUUAACCAUUUUGCUGCUGGGGAUGAUCAAUGAUGAUGAUUAUCAUGGUGAUCGAUCGCCACCCUACUUUACUUAGCCUCCGCUGGAUCUGUGUCACUGUUUCUUUGUCUGUACUUCACGACAGAACCUGAAGAAGCAAGCGAGAAUGAGGACACGGCUAUGCCUUGAUAUGAAGCGUGGAGUUUUUUUAAGUAAGAUGCUGUUAUUGAAACUUGAAAAGUUGCAUAGUUAAAACUCCACUCUAUGAAAAUAAAAUUAAAAAAAAAAAAGUUCAACAGGACAAAUCCGAAGGCCUUUUUUCUUAUGUGAGUGGAAACGGAUUUUAGGAGAGUUCUGUACAUAUAUUAUAGAUAUUUUAUGAGUUUGCCCGCCCCCCC